UAAAAUAUUUAAAAAAAAAAAAAAAAGGUGCAACUAUAGACGAGUUAUCCCCUCAUCUCUUCCAUUUCUUCUUCACUCAGAGAAAACUAUGGCAACGAUGGCGCUGGCAUCACCAUUUCGUCGAUUAUUUCAACACUCUCACGAUGUUGCCCUCUGUAGCCUGCCAAAGGAUGUCAAAUUGGACACUGCUGCAUUAUGUAUCAACCAUUCUUCCAGGACAAAAUUUACAUGCUCAAGGUCAUUAAUUUACUGUAGCUCCUUGAAGGCUGGCACGAGACUUUUACUCAAGCCGAUAUCCGCUGUUGGCUCUGGUUUGGAGGCAUCAAUUACAGAUGAAAAAGACAAUGCUAUUAGCAUUAAAGACUUUGAGAUAGUAGUGGAGUCUAAAGGUGACGAUAAGAUGCAAAUCACAGUAGAGGUUUCUGGAUUCAAAACUCAAGAGAUAUAUGAUGAAGUUUUUUCCAAAAUGGUUGAUGAUGCCCAGCCAAUUCCAGGAUUUCGAAGAGUAAAAGGAGGAAAGACACCUAAUAUACCAAAAGACAUUCUUUUGGAAAUUCUAGGACCAUCAAAAGUGUACGAGCAGGUUAUUAGGAAAAUAAUCAAUAGUGCUAUUGCUGAAUAUGUAGCUAAGGAAGGCUUAACAGUUAGUGAAGAUUUACAAAUUGAGCAGAGCUUAGAAGAUCUCGAAGCAAAUUUUGUACCCGGUUCAAACUUCAAAUUUGAUGCAACUGUUCAAUGCCUGAACAGAUCUUGAAACCAACUAUCUUAUUCUAUCUCAUGGCAGAAAAAUGAAAUUUCCGAAUAAUGCUCUGAUCUGCCUGUGUCCACUUCCGGGGCUUUGUUGGUAUCAUGUUUUCUCAGCCAUACUGUUGAUUGGUGAAAUGCACUUUUGAUUUCUUCUUUGGACAUAGACUUAUCUACCACCUGGGAAGAAUGGGUUAUGGCCUUGCUGAGGAUAAGUAGCCAAUAUGAGGCCGUUCUGUGAUCGUUCUUGUAUUCUGCCAAGGUGCAACCGCUUUGCUUCGCAGAGCCCAGGCCUGACAUGUUACACCUUGAAGAGAGCAAGUCUACACAAACAUCGUAAAAAUACCAAGGUAAAAUCUUGUAAAAGGCAUCAAAUGAUUAUGCACGGAUAAUGGAAUGUUUAAUGCUAUCCGCGUGGCCACAUUUUUAGACUUUUAGGCCAUGUUUACUUUUCUUGAUUAUACGAACUACUCGCCUCUUAGUAUCGAUGAGGACGGGCAUACGAUCCUAUUUUUCAUUUGAUUAUAUAUGGCACAGCAGAUCUGGUCUGUUCUA